UAAGUCCAGACAAGAACAAUUAACAAGAUGCAUCAUUUAGCCUACAGACAUGGGAAGAGAGAUUAUUCGUGAACUUUCAGAAAAAGAACCUGGGAAGCGCAGUAGAUUAUGGUUUCAAGAGGAUGUCCGUGAUGUAUUGACAAAUAGUACCGGGACAGAUGCUGUUGAGGGACUGGCUCUGAAAUUGAAUUUAAACAACAGAGAAUGCUUUAAAGCUGAUGCUUUUGAGGAAAUGAGAAGUUUGAGACUGUUGCAACUUCAUCAUGUAGAACUCAUGGGAGAUUAUGGCCAUCUUUCUAAGCAAUUGAGAUGGAUCUAUUGGGCCAAGGGAUUUCACUCAAGAAAUGACCUGACAACCUUUAUCUGGGAGCAUGCAAUUGCAAUUAUCUCAAAACAGUAAUCUUAGACAAAGGUUGGAAGAACC